CCUUGGAUUCAAGCCGUCAUUUUCGAGCAUACCGUACUGCCUCGCCUUGCCCCUAGUCACCAGCGCUGCAAGAUUAGCUUAUCAUUUACGCGAUCGAACGAUUCUGGGCUCCAGAUCUUCAUAAGUGGAAACCGCAACCACGCCUGCUCGUUCGCGCUUUUAAGCUUCUUCGACAAAAAGGCGAUUUUUCAGCAAAGUUGAUCAGCCUUCCCAUUAGCCAUGUAUGGAGGAGGUGAUUUUGGUGGAGGUGACUUUGGCGGGGGUUCUGCCAGUCAAUUCGGUGGUGGCGGAUUUAUGCCUACCACCCCGGGACCACCGGGAGGAGCAGGAGGAGCAGCUGGGGUUUACUCUCCUAACGCGGGUGGACGAAGAGCGAACAACAACAGUACAUUAUUCGCCAUGACCGUGCGCGAAAUCGCUAACGCCAUCGCGCGCGAUGCCACAGAGAACUCUCUCUUCAUCAACGGCCACGAUGCCUCCAACAUGGUGCUUGUGGGGAAGGUGGUGAGGCGCGACGACCACGAGCUGGACGUGUCGAUUGUCCUGGACGACGGCACGGGCAAGAUCGAAGUGCGCCGAUGGUUCGAGCCCGACACCAACGAGCUCGCCACUCUGGAUUCUGUGCGCCCUGGAGUGUAUGUGCGAGCGCAUGGGCACGUGCGGCUGCAGAACAACAAGCGCUUUGUCGUUGCCCAAGUCAUCAGGCCUGUCACAGACUUUAACGAGGUGACUUUCCACUUCCUGGACGCCAUAUUUGUGUACCUGCACACACGCAAGUCUCAGGGAGGAGCGACGGACGGCACUGAGGCUUCACCCCACCAGCCCCCACAGCAGCAGCAGCAGCAACCUGCCUACAACCAGUACGUGCCGCCGCCAGCGCCAGCAGCACCAGCAGGAGCAGCAGGAGCAGCAGCAGGUGGAGGGGGCGGAGGGGCAGGGGGAGGGCGGCUGGAGUUGCGCGACAGAAUCAUGCAGUUCUAUGAGAGCCCGCAGAAUGCGGCCAUACAACAAGGCAUCAACCAUCAGCAGGUGGCUCAAAGCAUGCCAGAUGUAUCGCCCCAGGAGAUCCGGAGUACCGUUGAUCAUUUGGUCAUGGAGGGGCUUCUCUAUUCCACGAUUGAUGAAGACCACUACCGAUCCACUAAUGUGUAGAGAUACACGUUAUGAUGCAACUUCAACAAUACCCACACCUUGCUUACAUGUUGCUUGAUUGUAUCUGACGUAGAAAGUAGUGUAUUUCCGUUUGGAUGUGUUGUGUUUCUAUAAUGUCUUCGCAUUUUG